GUUAAUUUUUUUCCUUUGUCCAUUGAAUGUUUCAACGUUGUUUUCCUUUGUUGUUGUUGGUUGAAUCAAUUCUUGUCUGUCCGAAAUUGAAGAAGAAAAAAAAAUAAUGAAAUUCUUAUCAUUGUUGACGAUUGUCGCAAUGUUUUGCCUAACAUUCGUCUAUAGUGGAACAGAUAAAGUACUUGAUAGUGAAAAAGUAAUUAAUGAAAGUAAAAAUUUAAUAAAAAAAACUGAAAAUCUUCGUACAACAAUUGCUGAAAUGCCAUAUCAACAACAUAAAGAACUUGGUGAUCAGGCAAAUGUUCUUCGCUAUUGGCUGCUAAAAGCACGUACACCAACUAGAUAUAAAAAAGAUUUUGAUAAAAUUAUUCAAGAAUUAGAUAAACAAAAUGAACAUAUGCAAAGAAUAUUGAAAAAAUAUGGACAUUAAAUUUG